AUGUUGAGGGUGAUUUUCCUGUUGGGCUUAUUGGUUCUUUUGUCUCAGCAUAAUCUAUGCAAAGGUCAUGCCGAAGAUGAUCUUCACCCCGCUCUUGUUAAUGCGAAUGAGAGAAAGAUCGACGUUUAUGUUGGGCCGAGCAGCGAUUUCAAGACGAUCCAGGCCGCCAUCGAUGCUGUUCCACUGGAGAACAAGCGGCGCUAUAUAAUCCAUGUCGCCAGCGGAGUUUAUCGCGAGAGAAUCACGAUUCCAGCAAGCAAGGAUUUCAUCACGCUCUUGGGCAACUUUGAUGACAAGUUUGCGACGAUUGUUGUGUCCGCUGGAAACGAGCCCACACUCUCAGUUCAGAACGAUGCACCAUUUGUUUAUGCUGGAGCCGUAGAAGAACAACAAAGCAACACCGUAGCCGUGCAAGUAUCGGGUGACUUUGCGGCGUUUUACGACUGUUUCAUCACUUCGAGCCAGCAUACGCUCUCUGAAGACCGCGGCAGACAUUUCUACAAGAGGACCUUCAUCCAAGGCAGUAUAAACUUCAUCACUGGACAAGGAAGGUCAUUAUUCCAGGUAAAUAUGAAACUGAAGAAGAAUUGCUUCGUCCGUGACGCUUAUAUGAUCAAUUCUUUGCGUGCACAGGAGUGUAAUAUCGUCUCCAACUCGAGGAACAACACUGGAGGGAUUACUCUUCAGUCUAAGCCAGAGCGAUCGUGGGGUUACUCGUUCGUCAACAGCUACUUUGGAGGAACUGGGCAACUGUCUUUCGGCCACCCUUGGAAAGAUUUUGCCCGCGUUGUGCUUAUCAGUAGCUAUUUCGACGAAGUUGUAAUUCCAAACAACUGGGACAGAUGGCCAUACAACAAUGGCAAUGGGAACGUUUUGUUUGCUGAGUACGAUAGUCAGGGUCCAGGGGCUGUCCCCACGAAGCUUGCCAAUUGGGUGAAACACUUGAGCGAAGAAGAGGCUCAGGACUACAGCAGUAUUGCGUUUGUGGAUGGGGAAGAAUGGCUGUUCUUGGAAGUCUAA